AUGUCAACUAAGAAUAUGAUAAAUAAAGGUGAAGAAAUCAUUGAAACAGAAGUCUCUGCCGAUGAUCAAAAAUUAAUUAACCUUUUUGGAAGAUUAAAUAACAGAAAACACGAAUUACUUAGAGAAAAAAAAGUUAAACAAGAAGAAUUAGAAAAAGCAACUGAUGCUAAUGAUGAUAUAUUUUUAGUUGAUGAUGAAGAUACCAAAUUUCAAUAUUCAAUGGGUGAAGCAUUUUUAGAACUUAAUAAAGAGGAAACUGAAGAAAUGGUCAAUUCUUAUAUUUCAAAACUUGAAUCAAGCAUCGAAAAAAUAGAUCAAGAUCUUCAAGAUAUUAGUGAUAAACAUAACGAAUUAAAGGUUAUUCUUUAUGGAAAAUUUAAAAAUUCAAUUAAUUUAGAAGAAUAA